GCGCGCACGCACGCUGUCACGCGCGCACUCUGCAGGACGAGAGACGGGGCGCGCGCACUGGUUAAAGGAGGGUGCUUUUAUUAUUAUAGUCUGGUCUCGCGCUCACACUGAAUGCUGCAGUUCUUACAGAGAAGCAUCACGCGCUCCAUCAGCUCAGCUCUCUCGCGCAGGAUCGUUCUGAGCAGCAUCACGCGCCGCACCAGCCUCAGAUCUGCUAAUAUAGGACAAACCUCUGCUGCAGAAAGGACGACUAAAGAGGCACCAUGAAUUUCGUAAUGAAAGCAGCGAUGGGAGGUGGACCUCCUGAUGUGGGUAAGAUGAUGGGUGGAGAGGAGGAUAAAGAUCCUGAGGCAGAGAGAGAAAAAGAAGAAGCAAGACAGGAAGCUCUGAGGCAGGAGGAGGAAGAGAGAAAAGCUAAAUACUCCAAGAUGGAGGCAGAGAGAGAGGUGCUACGCCAAGGCAUCAGAGAUAAGUACGGGAUAAAGAAACGAGAGGAAGCUGAGGCAGAGGCCCAGGGUGCCAUAGACGCCGCGAGCGAGGGCAGCUUAACACGUCCAAAAAAAGCCGUACCAUCAGGCUGCGGUGACGAAGAAGAAGAAGAGAGCAUCAUGGAUACGGUGAUGAAGUAUCUGCCGGGACCACUGCAGGACAUGCUCAAAAAAUAACAGAUAUUUGUACGCAAAUGUGGAAGACCAGAGCGCACAAAAAAGCUUUGGAAAUUACAUUUUAAGAUAAAAUGGUAAUGAGCGCUACUGCUUUCAAACAGCAGAGGGCGCACGCAAAGCUAAAUGGCAGCAUCACUAUUCUUUUCACUAAAGUUUGUAAAUACAUUUCCGUUGUGUCCCAAACGCUAGUGUUUGAGAAGAGACUUCUCAUUUAAACACAUACUGUGUUUUCAAAUAUAGUCACUAAAACUCACUUAAUAAUUUUGUGAUGUUGAGUAGCUAGCUAAUAAUCUGCUAGCUAAGUCAGAAUAUUAGAGGGUAUUGAGUUGGUAAACACAUUUAUGUAAGAUAUGUUGAAUGUUUGUCAUGUUAUAACGUGUAAAUGUUAUGUAUAUGUUUACUGUCAAUGCCAAAU